AUGAGCUAUGAUAAGAAAGCAGACGUCACAUCCCUAGAUGAAGAUUUGAGACAAUUAAGAAAAAGCAAGUAUUCACCUGAAGCAGUUCAACAUAUCAAAACAUGGGUAUUCGAAUCAGUACUGAUAGAGGCCACUCCUUCUGAAGAUUUGCUAGAAUGUUUAAAAGAUGGAACAGUUUUAUGCAAACUAGCAAAUAUUUUAUACGAGGCAGACACAAAGAAAGCGAACCAUAUUGGUUGGAAAAGCUCCAAAAUGCCAUUUGUUCAGAUGGACCAAAUUUCCCAAUUCUUAUCAUUUGCGAGAGAGUACGGUGUGCCUGAAGAUGAGCUAUUUCAGACAGUAGACCUUUUUGAAGAAAAAGAUCCAGCGAUUGUUUAUCAAACACUUAAGUCUUUGUCUCGCUACGCCAAUAAAAAGCAUCCAGCUAGAUUUCCCGUCCUCGGACCUCAACUAUCAACAAAGAAACCAAGACCUCAAAUCAAAUCCAAACCAAAGCAUCUACAAGGAGGUACUGGAUGGAGCACAUAUGAAUAUGGUUACAUGAAAGGUGCAUCUCAAGGUACUGAGGGGGUGGUCUUAGGUCAAAGAAGAGAUAUAGUUUAG